AUGUCUGCUCGCGCACGGGCGGGUCUCGCUUUGGGCGGCGCCGGCGCCGCGGUCGCCACGUCCUCCGGCUCCGGCUCCGACGGAGCGAGCGGCUGGCUCUCGAGCGCCAUCCCGGACCUGCCGCAGCGCCUCUUUGGCGCGCUCACGGGCCGGUCAGCGCCGCCGCCGCCGCCGAAUCCAGAGAUCGCAUCGUCGGUGGCGGCGACGCAGGCGGCGGUCGCCGCUCUCGACCGCAGCGUGCGGGCGCAGUCGGGCUCGCGCACCGCCGUCGUCGUCUUUGGCGCCGCGGUGGGCGGGCUCGGCCUCGCAAUCUACACGUUCGGGUGGGAGCGGGUGGGUUGGGUCUCGGGGAGCCAGCUGAAGGCGGGACUCGAGGGCGUGCGGGCGUCGGUGGAGGCGAUGCUCGCCCGCCUGCGGGAGGAGCUCCUCGCCCAGCUCGAGACUGUGCACGAGAAGCUGCGAGAGCUGACCGACUCGCUCGGCAAG